AUGGAUUUCAAAUUGGGUUUAAAGUUGAAGCAAGUUUCUGAUGAGCUUGAUGUCUUGAUCUCCAAAGCUGAAUCAGUAGACCCCCUUUUCACCACUCAACAAACAGACUCCAUGUUCAUCCUCACAUCCCACCUGAAAGGGUAUGCAAGAAGUGACAUAAAGAUUGAGAUAAAUGAGGAUGGCAGUAGAAUUACUGUAAGUGGUGAAAAGCCGGUUCAAGAAACGUUGAUGGUGGAAUGUGAAGUUGUCAAGAAACGAGUAGAAAUGAGGGGGUUUCGGAAAACGUUCAAGAUCCCUGAGGGAGUGGUUUUGGAUAAGGUGAGGGCUAGGUUGGAUGAAGAUGAAUCAAGACUCGUGAUUCGGAUGCCAAAAGCGGUUCAUGGGAUCGUGGGGAUUGGGAUCCAGGAAUUGGAAGAAAUUCCAAAGCAAGAUGAUGAUCAUGAUGAGAUGAGAAAAGUUGAUGAACAAAUUGUAGGAUCAAAAGGCGAGUUGAAGCAGGAGGAACAAGUGACGCGAAAUGACAAAGAUACAAAUGAAGUUAAACCGGAUAACGAGAUCCAUCAAGAAUCGAGGCAAGUACACAAAAUUGAAGAGGAGAUUAACCAUGAUAUCGAAGACAAAGUUGAAGAGGAGAUUAAUCAUGAUAUUGAAGAAAAGAAGCCGGUAGCGGGUGAAAGAAGUUCCAUUAUAUGUACUCCCAUCAUAGCUGGAUCAGCAUUACUUGCGUCGCUAAUCGUGGUCGUUUUGAGCUUGAUUCGAUCUAAAAACGAAUCAAACAAGAAAACAAAUUAGCUGGGAUUUAUUAAUUUUCUUGUUUGAUCUUAAAUUUUUUGGCUAUUGU